CCCUAAUUGGGGAAGGAUACUCCAACAAAUACGGGUUCGGAUGCCGAUCGUUGCGACUGACGUUCACAUCACAAAGAGAUGCCCCUCUCAUUGCGCAGCGGAGACAAACAAGCAACAACACGAUUUCGUUGGUGUUGAAACCCACAAUUCUGCUGACAGCAAAAAGAAAGACCUAUUCGAACUACAAUUCUAAAUACAUCACAAAUCCUUGCACCGAUGAGCUUGGGUACUGCGAGUCAGGGCCCGGAAGAGACCGGAGAGAGGCGCGAACCAGCACCUAGAGAUUCGGGCUCGUCGAUUGGUUCGCCACACAACGAAUCGGGAUUCGAGCAACCGGCGAAACCGACCAUCGGCAGCCAUUGCAACUAUAGUAUUAGCAGUAGYAGUAGYAGCAGCAGCAGCAACAGCAUCCUGGCGCUGGGAGGGAGCUCCGCCCGCAAGCCAAACUCCCGGGGAGCAGCGACUCUGGGCGGAGAACCCCAACACGAUGCCCAUCCCUCCACGGUGGGCACGGGGGACCAUUGUAGCAAUCCCUUGUGGAUGCAUCAACUCGGCUAUGGAUGCGACUCCGAUUGCGAAUCCGACCACGGCUUGCAAGACGAAUGGUGGAACCACGGCCCCGACAGCCUCGGAACGCACGCCUGCGCCUACGAUAAAUUCCGGUACAUGGGCGGGGACUAUUUCGCGACGCAGGACACGGCGAUCACCGCCRCGGAGGAGAUGGCCCUGAUCCUUUCGCUGAGAUUGGGGGCGGAAUAGAAGAGCACGGGCCGGCACCAGAUCACAACAGAACAAAYCCGGGCAGAGCAGAGCAGAGCGCACCACAAACAACCCUGCCGGGGGCAGCCUUUCCUUCAAAAGGUUGAAAACCCACCCGUGUUCCGACCAUACACCCACUCACUCAAUCACUCACGGAUAGCACGUAUCAAUGUACGUAGGUACUUUCGCACACCGUUGGGACUGCGAUUCCCUACCAACCACUCCACGCCUUGGUGGAAACCGUUCGAGGACAACURCCAAAAACGAGAGAAGAGAGCCGCCGCAAGCUUCACGGAGAAUGUAGGGAGCUCUAUUCGAUGCCGUGUACGUAUGACAACGCAAUACCGUCUGCCAUGGUGUGUAUCAACGCUGAUGACAAUUCAUCCGAGUAUUCAAAAUCUGCACCUAAUAGAGGGGACGAUGUCUAUUAUGGCACCUGCAAUCACACGUAUUUGAUGCCGUAGAUACUAAAUUUCUUAUUUAACC